AGAUCAGUCACCAUGGUGGACGAACCCAAAAUCGAGCUCUACGUCAAGUCAAGUGAAGAUGGCGAAAGUAUCGGAGCGAAUCCCUUCUCGCAACGUCUGGCCAUGAUCCUGAUGUUUAAAGGGUGCACCUUUACCCUGAACACUGUGGAUAUGAAGAGGGCUCCCGAUGUCUUGAAGGCUUUGGCUCCGGGGACACAACCCCCGUUUCUUAUUUACAACAACGAAGUCAAAACAGACGUAAACAAAAUUGAGGAGUUUCUGGAGGAGAACCUGACCGCACCCCAAUAUCCAAGUAUGACGCCCAAAUACAAGGAAUCCAACUCCGCCGGUAACGAUGUCUUCCAGAAAUUUUCAGCGUACAUCAAGAAUCCGUCCCCGGCCCAGGAAGACAACCUACAGAAGAGCAUGCUGCGGUCGCUAUUGAAGUUAGACAUGUACCUGAAGAACCCGCUACCCCACGAGCUGGCUUGUGACCCUAAAAUGGCCGUCUCCAAAAGAAAGUUCCUGGACGGAGAUAACCUGACCCUGCCCGACUGCAACCUGCUGCCCAAACUCCACAUCAUCAAUAUCGUGUGCAAACAUUACCGCAAUUUUGAGAUCCCCAAAAGCCUGGAGGGCAUCUCCCACUAUCUCCAAAACGCAGAGGAACUCAAGGCCUUCAAGUACACCUGCCCUAACCCCAACGAGAUCAUCCUCUUCUACCGCGAUGUGGUCAAAAAAAUGCCCUAGACGCGGACGGGCUUCAGACGGACAUUUUAGAAACUUCCUCCUGUGGCGCUAAAAAUCGACUUCCAUCUGCCGCAAAAGAGACAUUACCGUGCGCGAGGGAAAAGAUUGGGACACCGACAGGACACAGACAUUCCCCAUAGUGUCCAUGUCUUACUUCUUGGGGGUCACACAGCGCGUGCUUUUACGGAGGACCUAUCCGCUUUACUGCGUGCACUUCAUUAUACGAUCGUUUUUUUUUUUUACUAAUACGCUGUAUUGUGCUGUUACGUUAUUCUUCCGAAAAUUUUCAUUAAUUCAUACGCCAGAGCUAGGACAAUAUGGCGAGACCUUAGAUUAAUGUUUCCCAACCAGGGUGCCUCCAGCUGUUGCAAAAUUACAACUCCCAGCAUGUCCAUGCUUCAGCAUGAUUUAUUCCUGACAGGAAGUUGUGUAGUCCUCAUUGGAAGUGUGGUAUUGUCUCAGCUGCAGCUUCCUGGCUCCUUCAUCUCUCUUGACAGGAAUUUGUGUAGUCCUCCUAUUGUCUGUAGUUUUGUCUCAGGAGCUUCCAGGCUCAUUCCUCUUUCCUGACAGGAAGUUGUGUAGUCCUCUCAUUGUCAGUGUGGUGUUGUCUCUGCACUUCCCUAGUACACUACAUUGUCACCUUACUUUGUUAUGCUGGAAUUUUUAAUUUAUUCUUACAACUGAGCUAGACUAUUUUUAUUAACAAUAAGGCAAGAUUUUGCAUCAGUGUUUCCCAACCAAGGGGGCUCCAGCUGUUCCAAAACUACAACUCACAGCAUACAAGCAUUGCCCAACCAUAGUCUGAUCGCCCUAAAUGGGCCGUAACAUUACUAGGGGCAGUGCAUGUCAUGGUAUAUGGUAGCACACAGCUGUCAGUUUCUUUCAUACAUUUUCAGGAGGAAUAACAGAGGAACAGCACAAUGCAGCGUUUUAAAAACAUAUGCUCCGGAAUUGGGAGCGCAAGUAUUUACUUACGUGUAUUCCCUUCUGCUAACUCCAGUCUUCCAGCCUCCUUUAACCUUUUUGCGACUGUCCAAGAUAGUCGGAAACCAAAGAGUGUCCAAAAGCAGGGAGGUUAUGCAAUUUGCGUUACUCCCGUUGACUGUAAGAGGAGUUGCGCAAAUGUUGUGGCACUGUUGUUUACCUAACUUCUGCAGUUAUGUACCCAGUGCAACUCCCAUUAAGGGCUCGUUCACAUAAGGAGAUUUAUCUGCGGGUUUCCUGCUGCGUGUUAGAAAGGGGGCGGGCUCUCUGUGGCUGUUCCCAUAAACCCUACUGACUUCAAUGGGGCUUGCCGCGGUUUUUCCGCACCAGAAAUUCUGCAGCCAAAAAUAUCCUGCGGAAUGCCGCAGAUAAACCACCCCCUUUCUAACUGGCAGCGGGAAACUCACAAAUAAAUCCGCUUGUGUGAACGAGCGCUAAAGCCAAUGAGAGUUAUGCAAAUUGCUCAACUUUCAAGCUUCGGGUGUUUAAGGCUCUGAUUACCUCCACAAAAGAAGGCUAGAGGGGGCUGGGGAGCUGAAAUCAGGAGAUGGGAAUACCCCUUAAGGGUGCGUUCACACGCUUUGUUUUUGCCCGU